AUGCAAAGUAAUACUAUAAAGUAAUUAUUGUUGGAUAUUACAGAAAUUGUAGAUGAUGUAAUACAUCUUCUUUGAAUUAGGAAAUAAUUAAAACAUGCCAACAGAUCAAUUAAGUAAAUGUAAAGUAAAUUUACGAGUAAUCAGAAAAAAUAUAAUAUGAUUAUAUACUCUAAGUUGUUACUCAUUUGAAUAGGUAACACUCUAAUCAAUUUGAAAAGGGUGAAAAAUCUAUAUGAAUUAUAAUUAGAAGAGUAAAUAAACAAUGAUUAUGAAACAGUGAUCUAAAAACUUGAAGCAUCAAUUAGAACUCAUAUAGGAAUUGAAUAGUAAUAGAAAUUGCAAAUUGAUGCUUUAAUAUAAAAAAUAGAUGAAAUCAUUACAGAAAAAGAUUUUAUUAUAAAAUAAUAAUUAGAAAAAAUAAAAUCUUUGGAAUAAGUCAUUAAAGUUAAAUUUUAUAAUUAUUUUAGGAUCAACAUAAAAAAUAUUUAGAUAGUUCACCUAAAGAGAUUUUGCAUAAAAAAACCCCUUCUGCUUUUGAAAGGCUGAGUAAAUUGGUUUCAAAUAAAUCUUAAAAAAGUUUAUAAAACUCAAAUAAUUAAGCCAAUUUUAAAGCAUUAUUAAAAAUAUGUAAUACAGAAAAAGAUCGUUCUAUAUCUAAAGGAAGAAAACAGUUAUCUGCUAAAAGAGAAGUUGGAUAUAAAAGAGUAAAUGAUGAAACUUAGUAUAGAAAUGUAUUUAUAAAGAAAUCUAGAAUCUAAAUUGACAGAAAAAAAAAGAUAAAGUGAUUCUAAAGGUGAAAAACGACAUCGACUAUAAAAAUCAGAAAAAUUAAAUGAACAAUCUUAAUAAUCUGUAAGUACUGAGAAACAAAAUAAAUAUAAUAAAACAACAAAAAAAGAAUCAUCAUUAAUAAGAGUAUUAUUAUUUUCUAAAAAAGUAAAAGCCAGAAUAAACAUUAUCUAGCCAAAGUUUUGAUUAAGUUGGUAAAAGUUUAUAAGCCUUACAAAAAUAACUUUCAAAUUCUCGUCUAUAAAACAACCAAACCUCAUAAUUACUUAAAUUUUUAUCUAAAAAAUGA